AUGGCGGGAUUGGAACAGGUCAAGGCCACACUAGAAUCCCAGGCCUCGCUGCUGCCCUGCCGCUGGCUGCGUGACGUCACGGUAAGGGGCGGGCUCGGGCUCAACCAUCUCGGCGUUUCGCACCCUCAUACUUUUACUUACUUUCACUUGUCAUUGACACCAGUCAAUUGUGACCGUUUGUUGACUACAGGACACAUCUGUUGGGGAUACUGUGUGUGUGGAUUUUGUCGGAGCCUGGUUUAUACGCCGAGUAAAUGUUGCGUUCCAGAGUGUAAAAGCAAUUAUGUUAAGCCAUUUGUUAAUGUUUUUUCAUUUCCGAAAGAUCCUGAGACAUUCCGUACGUGGCUAAGAGCGAUUCACAGAGAUAGUUGUGAGGUUACGUCCAACUCCCGCGUGUGCAUUAAACAUUUUGACGAGCGAUAUAUAAUAAAGGAAGACACUGUAACUCGACCUGACGGCACCAUUUUAACAGUUAAGCGGGAUAGGCUAAAGCUAAGGAACGAUGCGGUUCCAACAAUUUUUGAAAAUUUGCCUAACUACAUUGGAAAGGAUCUGCCGGCUGAGAGGAAGGAUUCAGAAGAAAGAAGAAGGGAAGCAGAAGAGCGACACCAAAAACAAAUCCAAGAGGAAGAACGGCGGGACAGAAUUGACUCAUUCAGCUGUCUCACAAAUAAUUACAGUAAGAUGUGUAACUUAGAACUUAACAAUGUAUAUUCUCAACAGGACAACAACCAACUAUUUUUAUUUUUAGUUUCCAUUAAAGACAAUAUUUACCCUACAGUUACAUUGUCCUUAAACAUUAAAGACGACUUGUCCUUUUAUUUAGUUAAAAAUAAUAACUUGAUCGAUAAUAGUAGUUAUUUGCGAACGUUUUCACAGAACUUAAAAAUUGACAGUUGGUCCAAGCUAAGAAAUAUAAUUAAAAAGCUAUCCUCUGAAGUAAUAGACAUACCAAAAUCAGACAAAGUAGAAUGUAUAAGCAGUUUGGUGGAUGGGAUGUUAGAAGAAACAACAGACACUAAUGUUGCAGAAAAGAACAAACUUUCUUUAAAGAACAAAUUAAAUUAGCAGUUUCAGUUAAAAUUUCGUAUUGUACGUCUUCCUUAAUUUGGUUUGCAACGUUAAUCUUUUGUUUUCCAGCUGCAUACAAAAAGAUUAGAGAUGCCAAAGUUUUGGCUAUGCCCCAUCGAUACUUGCAAUCUUUUACCUCAAACUUAGGAACUGAUAGCUCUGGAAUAGAUACUACUCAUAUUAGAUAUCUACAAAAGUUAUCCUGUAUGAAAGAAAAUGAAAAUGUAUGUAGCUUACUUAUUGAUGAAAUUUAUGUAAAACCAGAAAUGAGCUAUACAGGUGGUAAAUUGGAAGGACUAGCUCAUAAUCAAAACCAAAACUCUAUUGGAUUACCAACAACCAUUCAGUCAUUUAUGAUAAGCUCACUACUUUCACACAAUAAAGAUAUUGUAGGGUUAUUUCCCUGUAGAGAUUUAACCAGUGAUUAUUCGUAUAGUCUAAUUUUACAAGUAUUGAAAAUGUUAACUGAUGUUGGGUAUAUAGUGUUAACAAUUAUUUCCGACAACAAUGGUGUUAACAGAGCUAUGUUU